UGGUAAAACUUUAAACUAAUUGGAAUUUUACAGUGUCACAGUUUCUCUAUUAAAUUCGACAAUCUCACUGUUGCUUAUUCUUUCUAAAUUUCCUAUCAAAUUGAGCCAUGGGCGAAAGAGAGGAUCAUUACGAGGGGAAGAUCUCGAGCGUCGAGUCGUUAAUGGACACCAUGUUCAGCCGACUGCGCAUCAUCGCCGUGGAUGUGGAGAAGUUGCAGAAGGCCAAGGAGAAGCUGGGUAACAUGCAGCGGCGGAACACUUUCUACCACCUUUUGGGCCAGGAUGACGACGGCAGCUUUAUCCGGGGCGGAAGCGAGAUGUUGGACCUCCGCUCCAAGUAUUCCUUGGUCUCGGGCUUCAACCACCAAUAUGACACGGGUUCGGAGGAGGAACUUGACUUCGAGGAGUUGAGCGAGGACCUGUGCCAAAUUCCUUUCGAGGAGGAUCGUUGGCACGGCUAUUUCAAGGGAUUCCAGAUCCUGACAACUCCACUAGCCCCCGAUCCCAACGAAAACCGCAAGUGCGUCGAACUUUCGGCAAUGCUGAACUGUGAUACUGAACUCAAAAGUUAUCUGCUAAGCGGAGUCCGUUGCUUCCUGGUCAAUCUUUCCGUGGGUACCCAGCAUGACAACCAGAGCCUGAUUGUGAAGCUGCGGGAGGCGGAGAUCAGUGUUUCCAAGGAGCUGGGCUUUCCGGUGGCGUCCUCAGUGAUGGUAAAAAUUUCGCCGCGGCACCAGUUCACCGGCGGUUUCAGCACUCAGUUCCGCCAAGAAGGCAAGACGUCCGUCGAACUGGUGCGGGGCCAAAGGAUAAUCCUGACCGUGGAUCGGGAGUACUCUGACCGCUGCAGCUCGGAUGUAAUAUAUGUGAACGCGCGCUUUUUGAUCGUCGAUGUUCAGAGCUUGGACUUCAUCCUGAUUGGCGAAGAUAUCCAGCUGAUGGUGCGGAGCAUCCACGCGGACCACCUCAAGUGCUGUGUGGCUAAAGGAGGGAUGCUGUACGCCCACAUGCCCGUCCUGUUUCCGGCCAGGUGCCGUCGAUUCCGGGUUUCGUACGAGGAGCUGGAGGACCUGACCUUCGCCCGAGAGGUCGGCCUAAAUGUGGUGGUGUCGCAUAUUGUGGGCACUCCGAAGUACCUGGACGAUUUGGAGCACGCGAUGACCGUCAUGCACUGCGAUGGCAUGCGGCUGUACGCCAGAGUGGUUCUGAACGAGAUCCAGGGCUGCAAAGGGGAGCUUAACUGGGCCACCAAGCGCUACGACGGCUUCCUGGUGGAACUGGCCCAGCCGGCGAUUAUUCCGGACAUCAUGCACCUGUGUCCCGACGCCGAGUGCUUCAUGCAGCUGGCCUACGCUUCGAAAAAGCCCAUUAUCUUCGAUCCGCAGCUUUUAGACGAGCAGAAGCUUAGGGUGGACCCGGCGCACUACUACUACACUUUCUACUAUCCGGACAAGUACGUGGUGAAAUGUCCCCAGCCGAAAAACACCAUCUACUUCAGCUUCCUGCAAAACGCCAUCUUCCAGCAGAUCUGCCCAGUGGCCCUGGCUGGCACUCCGUAUUGCGAUCGAUCCCACACUGGAGCAGACAGCCUGGCGAGAGCCGUAGUAACCGCCUCCAUGGAGGUUCAUGCGGUGUCCAUCGUCGUGAUCGGGGUCACCACGCGAAUGGUGCAGAAGAUCGCGCACUUCCGACCGCAGACUCCCAUCCUCUUCGUCAGCCACAUGCGCUCCGCCGAGGACUAUGUUUCGAUGUACCACAACGUCACAAUGCUCCCAUUUCGCACAAAGUGCUUCAUUACGCAUCGGCGAAACGUCUUUCGAAAGGCAAUCUAUGCGUUGGCCUACUUGGUGAAGCGGAAGAUCGCCCAGCAGAACGAUCAGGUGAUCCUGGUGUAUAACUACGAGGAGGGCACUACCUUUCCCGAGAAGUAUGUCAUUUACAAGCUGGACAAGACGAACUUCGCCCUGCAUAUGGCCGACAUUCUGUUUACUGUGGACCAAGACCAAAAGCGUCAGACCCUCAAGGAUAUCGAGGCCAUUUAGAUCCCAUAUAUGUGUGUAGAUUAUUUAUUUGGUUUG